CACACCAGCACCCACAGCCCAUGGAGCCCUGGCCUCUCCUCCUGCUCCUUGGCCUCUGCUCAGCUGGCCUUGUCCUGGGCUCCGAACAUGAGACCCGUCUGGUGGCAAAGCUAUUUAAAGACUACAGCAGUGUGGUACGGCCAGUGGAAGACCACCGCCAGGUUGUGGAGGUCACCGUGGGCCUGCAGCUGAUACAGCUCAUCAACGUGGAUGAAGUAAAUCAGAUCGUGACAACCAAUGUUCGUCUGAAACAGCAAUGGGUGGAUUACAACCUAAAAUGGAAUCCAGAUGAUUAUGGUGGUGUUAAAAAAAUUCACGUUCCCUCGGAAAAGAUCUGGCGCCCAGACAUUGUUCUCUAUAACAAUGCAGAUGGUGACUUCGCCAUUGUCAAGUUCACCAAAGUGCUCCUGGACUACACUGGCCACAUCACGUGGACACCUCCAGCCAUCUUUAAAAGCUACUGUGAGAUCAUCGUCACCCACUUUCCCUUUGAUGAACAGAACUGCAGCAUGAAGCUGGGCACCUGGACCUACGAUGGCUCUGUGGUGGCCAUCAAUCCGGAAAGUGACAAGCCAGACCUGAGCAACUUCAUGGAGAGCGGGGAGUGGGUGAUCAAGGAGUCCCGUGGCUGGAAGCACUGGGUGUUCUACUCCUGCUGCCCCACCACCCCCUACCUGGACAUCACCUACCACUUCGUCAUGCAGCGCCUGCCGCUCUACUUCAUCGUCAACGUCAUCAUCCCCUGCCUGCUCUUCUCCUUCUUAACUGGCCUGGUGUUCUACCUGCCCACAGACUCAGGGGAGAAGAUGACUCUGAGCAUCUCUGUCUUACUGUCUUUGACUGUGUUUCUUCUGGUCAUCGUGGAGCUGAUCCCUUCCACCUCUAGCGCUGUGCCCUUGAUUGGUAAAUACAUGCUGUUCACCAUGGUGUUCGUCAUCGCGUCCAUCAUCAUCACCGUCAUCGUCAUCAACACGCACCACCGCUCACCCAGCACCCACGUCAUGCCUGAGUGGGUGCGGAAGGUUUUUAUCGACACUAUCCCAAAUAUUAUGUUUUUCUCCACAAUGAAAAGACCAUCCAGAGAAAAGCAAGACAAAAAGAUUUUUACAGAAGACAUUGAUAUUUCUGACAUUUCUGGGAAGCCAGGGCCUCCGCCCAUGGGCUUCCACUCUCCGCUGAUCAAACACCCGGAAGUGAAAAGUGCCAUUGAGGGCGUCAAAUACAUCGCAGAGACCAUGAAAUCAGACCAGGAGUCCAACAACGCGGCCGAGGAGUGGAAGUAUGUUGCGAUGGUGAUGGACCACAUUCUUCUCGGAGUCUUCAUGCUCGUCUGCAUGAUCGGAACCCUAGCUGUGUUUGCAGGCCGGCUCAUUGAGCUAAACCAGCAAGGAUAAGCAGAGGCUGAGUUGAGCCCAGCUCUGCCCCAGGACCUGCCAGAGCAGAGAAGGCAGAAAAGAGGGGAAGAUUUGUCAACUUUGAUACACUCUCACUUAUCAAACAUGUAAUUUUCUAUACUUAUUAUUAAUGAUAAGAUUUCUGUUUACAUAAGGUUAUGGCCUUGAAGUGUUUUCAAAGCUUCUCCCUUCAACCCUGCUGUGUGUCUCUCUGGAGUGAACUCUUCAGUAAGUGAAACUGGAUUGCUGAAAAAUGGUGUCUGCCCAAGAUAACCAAGGUUUUCUGUUGCAUUGUCAUUGCUGUUGUAUUUAUUUUUCCUAAUCACUAGACCACUAGGAAAUUGCUGUUGUUUUUUUAAUCGGAGUGUAUCCUUUGCUUAAGAGCCAGUUUGUACCUACUAGGAAACCAGUCUCCAUGAAAAGAUAAAGCAUUUGAUUUAGAGAGAGAGGAAUAGCAACCAAAAUGCAUGCUGCGUCA